GGGCUUGAUUGGAUAAUGUGUUUAUUCUUGACACGAUCUUUACCAUAUAUGCAAGCCACCAAUACUUAACUUGAGGGAGAUGUCGGUGACUCUGCAUACAGACCUUGGAGACAUUAAAAUAGAGCUGUAUUGUGAUCUGAUACCCAGAGCAUGUGAGAAUUUUCUGGCCCUCUGUGCAAGUGGCUACUACAAUGACAGCUUGUUUCAUAGGAACAUAAAGGACUUUAUGGUUCAGACUGGCGACCCCACUGGUACUGGUAAGGGGGGCACUUCAAUCUGGGGGAAGAAAUUCGAUGAUGAAUUCCACGACACAUUGAAACACACAGCUCGUGGAGUGGUGUCGAUGGCCAACGGUGGACCAGACACGAAUGGCUCCCAAUUCUUCAUCACCUACUCCAAGCAACCUCACCUGGACAUGAAGUACACAACCAUUGGGAAGGUUAUCGAUGGAUGGGACACACUGGAUGACUUGGAGAAAGUACCGACGCAUGAGAAGACCUAUCGACCCACCACUGACAUCAGACUGAGAAGGGUCACCAUACAUGCCAACCCUCUGGCAGAACUCUAGCUAUAAUUACGAUCAAUAUGUAAUUAUGUUCUCUUUGAAAUGCUCUCCUUUUGUUUCAUCUCUGUAUAGAAAGUCUCUGUAACUGGA